AUGGAGGGAACUCAAGGCCUUGACUCUCGGCAGAGCAACCCGGAACUUUGGGAGGAUGACGGAGCUUCGUCCGUGUAUUCCGAAACGGAGGUCAUGGACGAGUCCUUGUGCAUUCGCAGCAGGGAAGAUCCGUAUGUCACGUACGAUUCUUACACACCCGAGACGGAUGACUACGACAUGCUCACCGCACCUUUGCUUCCAGCACAGCAAUCCCUGGAGGAACUCGAAAGCAAGCAGAAGUCCGCUCUUCGAAGCCGGAUUGCCAGAGGUGGGAGCUUGUCCGUCAUGACGCACUACCGAAAGGUCUUGGCCAAGAUGGAGGGCAUCAACAUCGAACAGCACGGCAGUGUUCCGCCCGUGUUGAAGAUCGAUGAGAGCAAUCGUGUACGCCUUCCAUCAAGUGACAGUCUCUCCACAGCCUUCGCCAGCUGGGAUACCGAAUCCGACUGCUCCACGCCAGGAUCGGUCACCAUGACAGGAGUCGCUUAUUCCGUGAUGCCCUUCUUUGCAUCGGACUUGCUGAGUUGGAAGGGCACCUCAUGGAGAGCCUUCCCCUAUUCCCCCUAUGCCGGGUUUCAGUUGCAGCAGUUUGCUGGCCUCUCCACCUACCCGGCAGGCUCCAGACCCCCGAUGGCAUCAAUGAGCACCAUGUGCGGCAAAUCCUGCUGGUAA